GACACAAAUAAACCGAUAUCGGGUGACUACACACAUGCACAUUUGAUCGGGGUGAUUUAAACUCCAAGACACAUGUAGGGCCUUUAUGUAGGACUCCAUUCAGCUGUCGCAUGCCGACACAGAGACGAUAUAGAAUUUUAACUCGUGGUGUAUUUCGAACAGGAAGACAUUGCUAAAUACAUGAUUUAAAGUUAAAAGGGCGAUCUGUCCAUUUAUCUGAGUGUGUUUAGUACGCCGCUCGUUAUGUGAGCGUCGUGUCCUCGUACGGUCAUGUCAGUGAUUAUGCUGAUAUUAAUGAGGGAAUACUAAUUUUAAACAAAUAAUGCCUGAUUACAUCCGUUCCAGGUCUGGGUUUAAAAGCCGAGUGAAAAACUUAUGAUGUCAGGAACAUUUGACAUGAAACAGAACUACGUGGACACGUUUUUAAGCGGGCUAAAGAGAUUGUGGCUGACUGGUGACCACUCUGACGUCACAAUACAGGUCCGAAAUGAGACAUUUUAUUGCCACAAGACGGUGUUAGCCACCAUGUCGUCAUAUUUUGAUUCCAUGUUUGCUUCUGGGAUGCGAGAAAGCGUGACAGGGACUGUGAACUUCGAGGAAAUGGACCCCGGCGCCUUCAGGAAAGCUAUGGGUUUCAUUUACACCGGUGAAAUAGAUUUAGACGUUGACACAGCCAUUACGUUGUUACAUAUUUCUGCAUUUCUACAGAUCAAAUCUCUACAAAAGCUUUGCGAAACUUACUUAAAGCCGCACGUGGCUGUGGAAAACUGCAUUCAGCUAUGGAAGGUGUCCGUGCUUCAUAAUUGCCAUAUAAUAAAAGCAGCCGCGUUCCAACAGAUCCUUGCGGCCUUUCCAGAUAUAUCCCAAUUGGAUGAGUUUUACCGACUAGAUAUCAGAGAAAUUCUGGAAAUCAUCAGUCAUGACAACGUGAAUGUGUCGUCUGAAGAGGACCUUUGUACGAUACUUUUUGAUUGGCUUGUCCGAAAUGAUUGUAACAGUAGCCAUGUUUAUGAACUUCUACAGGAAGUCAGGCUGGCGUUUGUUAGACCAGAAUUUCUUGCCAAAUUGGAGCAGAAAAAAGAAAUCAACUCCAACCCAAAAUGCAUUGAGCUGAUCAACAAAAUUAAGUAUUAUCAUCUUCUUCCUGCCAGACAACACGAGAUGGCAAAUAAGGCAAUGCGUGUUCGGGCAACAUCGCACCUAGAAAAUGUGGUUGUAGUUUUGGGCGGUUGUGAGGCGACAAAGCCUCCGUACACGCGGUCGACCUGCACGUAUUGUUAUAGCUUCCGUCAGCAAACCUGGUUUAAAUUAGCUCCUCUGCCUUACGAUCCAGGGAUAGAAUUUGCUGCAGUCACUUAUCACAAUGACAUUUAUAUAACUGGAGGGGGCAUGAAGCAAAACAGCUUUCUCUGGUACAAUGUCAGUAGGAACUGUUGGUCAGAGUUACCGUCCUUGAUAAAUGGCCGCCGCAGACAUGCAUGUAUAGCCGUGACGGAUGCAAUUUACGUGCUGGGUGGAUAUGACAGCGAUGGGGGAGUUGGCAACCAAAUGCUGAAAAGCGUGGAAAAAUUCAUCAUUUCUGAAGGGCGUUGGGAAUCGGCAGGGGAUUUAGUCAUCGCAGUGAGUUGUUUUGCUGCCAUUGUUAGAGAUGAUCAAAUUUACACCUUUGGUGGGGAGGACAAUUCCAGAACUGACAGCUCAGCUAUCCAGUGUUUCGAUAUAAACACGAAAACUAGCGUUCUAUUAACUACGAAAAUUCCCAUGGCUUGUAAACUGACAAGGUCUUGCGUUUUUAAUGAGCGAAUGUUUCUGAUUUUUUACGAUGGGCGUAUCAUUGAAUAUUUUGAGGAAAGUGAAUCUUCUAAAGCAUCCUGUGAAUUUGUUGCGCGUUUUGACCGUUUUCAAAGAACUCAUUUCGGAGUCGUUGAACAUAACGGGAAUGUUUUGAUUAUAGGCGGAGUGAUCGAAAACACGAAACCGUGCGAGGACUUCCUGCAAUUUGAUUCAAACACGAUGAGAUGUUCUGUGUUAGAUGACUUGCUUUUCACUCCUCGUCUGGUGGAUGGUUGUGUAAAAAUUAACAUACCGAAGAACCAUCUAGUUCCGCUGAAAGUCGAUUCUGCUUGUUAGAGUUAGGGUUCUUGGUUUUCAUUGACAGGUCUUUUACAUUUUGCGUUUGCUCACUUUUAUUUGUCUCGGUAGAUUAGCAACUUUAUACCGGGUAUUCCUCAUGUUAUACAUUGAUUAAACUUUUGUUUUAAAAUGAAA